UCUGUGACCAGAGUCUGCAAGGACUUCAUGGACUUGCACACGUUCAACAAUUCUUCCUUUACAACACAUGCAAAUACUUACAGAAAAUCAGCAAGGGUUAAAAGUCAUCUCAUUGAUUCACUCCAUACAACUGGGACAUCCAUUCAACAAGCUGAAAAUAAUUUGCUUCACACAGCCUGAAUCAAUACUGUGAUCAAUUUGGAACCAGAGUGCAAUAGUUUUGUUUUAGAAAUGGAACUUGUGGCUCUUUUCCUACUAGUGGAGACAAUUUUUAAUCACCUAAGAAUCGCUGGUUCACCAAUUGAUAAGUCUAAGCAUUUUUCAUUCUAUCUUAUGAAAACUUAUUCUCAAAAUGAUACUCAGCUUCGUCUGUCAAGAAUGAACAUUAGUAGUAUUCCAGUUAAUACCUUCCAAAGUUUGAGUGGUCUGGAAAUACUCGAGCUGUCACAGAACAAUCUGACUUACAACAGCUUGCCUUGUGGAUCCCUAAACAUAACAACAUUAAGGCAUUUGAAUAUAGCUGGCAAUCAACUUACAAAUGUCCCACCAUGUCUACCCACAGCUCUCGAAUUUCUUGACUUGAGGCAGAACGUCAUUCAGUGGGUUAAUUUUUCAGAGUUUAUGGAUCUUCACAAAUUAAAAAUUUUACUCCUAAGUCAUAAUAACAUCUCAAAAAUUGGGUCUUCAGGGACAAAGCUCCCACACAUUGUUUCACUGGAUCUCAGCUAUAAUAACUUUAGAAGGUCACAAUGGAAAUUUCAAGGGCCUAAUCUCACGACACUAAGACUUGAAGGAAAUCCUUUGCAAGAAAUUAGCCCAUAUGAAUUCAAUCCUUUCCCCAAGCUACGUUACCUAAAUCUGUCCUCAACAUCUUUGGAAUCGUGCAGUUACAAAGCAUUUGCAUCUGAAACAAAAAGCAUCAAAACCCUUGAUUUGAGUGAGAACCUUUUCAAAAACUUUGACCCACAGUGUUUUGAAGGAUUAAGCAAUUUGCAGAUCCUAUGGAUGAGGAGAAUGCCCUUUCUUCAGUCUCUGCCUGAUGAUCUAUUUCUCUUCACUUCAAAUCUUACUCAAGUGAACUUGGAAGAAAAUUCACAACUACACUUUGUGAAAAGUAGUAUGUUUGAACAACUCCCACAUUUACAGACACUUUCUCUCAAAAGUUGCAACCUAACAGAAUUCAGACCCUGGAAAUUAUUCACGAAUUCAACCAUCGAAAUAACCCUUUCUGGAAACCAUCUGGUUUGUAGCUGUGAACUUUCCUGGUUGAUUAAGGAACCAGAAAAGACAUUUCUGAACAGAGCAAACGAUACCGGAUGUGUAAAGUAUGGUCCUCGAAGACAGAUUUUAUUGCCUGGCUUCAUUGAUGAAUGCAAUAGAAAUGGAAACACCACAGAAGAAUUGCAGACUUAUAGCAGAACUGUACAAAAUCAACAGCAAGAACAUACAACAGUAGUAUAUCAGAAUCCUUCAGGGAUCAAGGUCAAGUCAAGCAGCAAACCAAUACAAUGUUCAACCAAGUUUCAAUUAAGCUUCACAUCUUUCACAAAUAGUACUAACCUGCUCCAUACAUUACUACUCCUUAAAACAGCUUCUAAUCCAAACUCUGGUACUCUACAGACCAAAGAAAGCUCUACACAAAAUAAUGAAACUUGGAAUAAAAUUAAAUCAAGCAUAAAAAUGUCAUUAACACUGCCUAUCACAAGCAGAUACCAAACAACAGCUAAACUCAACCUCCAAACCACCACAGAUCACACAGAGACUGGUCCUUACACAACAAAUUAUGUAGGAGAAUCAGAGAGUGAGACUUACCCAACCAUCAGAAAAGGAACUGUGACCAAACCUUAUCCAAUGACAACCGGCAGAAGUCAAUCUGGAACUAAACUCAACCCAAAUAUCAGAGAUAAAAUUCAGCCAGAACCCUUUGCCACCAAAGAGAAAAAGGCAUUUGAACCUUAUCCAACAAAUGGAUAUCAAUCAGUGACUAAACUUUACCCACUGACAAUCAGAGAUCAAAUGAGGGCCAAGCUUUUCCCGGCAACCAAAUACCACUCUAGGACUAAACAUCACUCACCGACAACCACAGAACAAACUGGGACCGAACUUUACCCAACCAAAGAACAAACUGGGACCGAACUUCUCCCAACCAGAGAACAAACUGGGAUUGAACCUCUCCCAACAAUCAAAGAACAAACUGGGACCGAACCUCACCCAAACAGAGAACAAAUUGGGACCGAACCUCUCCCAACCAAAGAACGAACAGGGACUGAACUUCUCCCAACCAGAGAACAAACUGAGAUUGAACCUCUCCCAACAACCAAAGAACAAACUGGGACCGAACCUCACCCAAACAGAGAACAAAUUGGGACCGAACCUCUCCCAACCAAAGAACGAACAGGGACCGAACUUCUCCCAACCAGAGAACAAACUGGGAUUGAACCUCUCCCAACAACCAAAGAACAAACUGGGACUGAACCUCACCCAAACGGAAAACAAAUUGGGGCCGAACCUCUCCCAAUAACCAAAGAACAAACUGGGACUGAACCUCACCCUACCAGAAAACAAAUUGGGACCGAACCUCUCCCAAACAAAGAACAAACUGGGACUGAACCUCACCCAACCAGAGAACAAACUGGGACCGAACCUCUCCCAAUAACCAAAGAACAAACUGGGACUGAACCUCACCCAACCGGAAAACAAAUUGGGACUGAACCUCUCCCAACCAAAGAACAAACUGGGACCAAACCUUUCCCAACCCAAGAACAAACAGGAACCACACCUCUACCAACCAGAAAACAAACUGGGACUGAACCUCACCCAACCAGAGAGCAAAUUGGGACUGAACCUCAACCAACCCGAGAACAAACAGGAACCACACCUCUACCAACCAGAGAACAAACUGGGACUGAACCUCACCCAACCAGAGAGCAAAUUGGGACUGAACCUCAACCAACCCGAGAACAAACUGGGACUGAACCUCAGCCAACCAGAGAGCAAACUGGGACCGAACCUCACCCACUGACAACCAGAGUAGAAACUGAGACCGAACCUCACCCAAACAAAGAACAAACUGGGACCGAACCUCAGCCAACCAGAGAACAAACUGGGACAGAACCUCAGCCAACCAGAGAACAAACUGGGACCGAACCUCAGCCAACCAGAGAACAAACUGGGACUGAACCUCAGCCAAACAGAGAACAAACUUGGACUGAACCUCACCCAAACAGAGAACAAACUGGGAUCGAACCUCUCCCAACCAGAGGACAAACUGCGACUGAACCUCAGCCAACCAGAGAACAAACUGGGAUUGAACCUCUCCCAACCAGAGAGGAAAUUGGGACUGAACCUCUCCCACUGACAACCAGAGAACAAACUGGGACUGAACCUCACCCAAAUAGAGAACAAUUUGGGACUGAACCUCACCCAACCAGAAAACAAACUGGGACUGAACCUCACCCAACCAGAGAACAAACUGGGACUGAACCUCACCUAACCAGAGAACAAACUGUGACUGAACCUCAUCCAACCAGAGAACACACUGGGAUUGAACCUCCCCCAAACAGAGAAGAAACUGGGACUGAACCUCUCCCAACCAAAGAACAAACUGGAACUGAAUCUCACCCAAACAGAGAAGAAACUGGGACUGAACCUCUCCCAACCAGUGAUCAAAUUGGGACUGAGCCUCACCCAACCAGAAAACAAACUGGGACAGACCCUCUCCCAAACAGGGAAGAAACUGGGACCGAACCUCACCCACUGACAACCAGAGAUGAAACUGGGACUGAAUUUCAGACACUGGCAGCCAGAAAUUCAACUUGGAUCAAAUCAUACCCAGAAACAUCCAGAGAUGAUACAGGGCCAAUCAGAACCCAAACUGGGACUAUAUCUAACCUGAUCACUACCAGUGAUCAAAAUGACAAUAAAUAUUACCCACUGUUCACCAGAGUACAAUCUGGUACUAAACAGUACUCAACAGUAACAAUGCAGACAGCAACAUACACACCCAAAAAGGGGCCAGUAUUUAUACACAUUGAAGAUGACGAUACAGACUCAUUGGAAAAAGAAGAAAUCACAAGCCCUACACCUGGUGACUGUAAUUAUGAUCCAUGUAGACACUGGCAAGUACCUUGUCAUGACUUGAAACAUUUGACAGGCUGUCGUUGCCCUGUCAUAGCUGGGGAAGAUGUUAUACCGGAUCCAGUGAAAAUACAAAAGGUUAUGAAGAUUACUGACAAUUCAGCAGAAAUCUUCUGGUGUGCUCCUAGCUCUACAGUAAUGUAUUACUAUAUUAUUUAUCAAUCUGAUGACAACAGACGUUUGUUCAAGACUGACACCAUAAAACCGACAUAUCGAAGAUACACCUUACGUGACCUUAUUGCAGACAGCACAUACCAUACCUGUGUGGUGGCUGUGAAUAAAGCAGGAUCAAGUACCACAAGUAGCAUCUGGCCUUCAAAAGGCUCAUGCUAUAUAUUCAAGACUAAACCAAACUACAAUAAUAUAUUUUAUAUAGCCUCUACUGUCAUUAUUGCCAUUCUCUUCAUACUUGUAAUCACACUAUCGUUUUGCUUGUGCAAAAUUUAUCAAAGGGGACGAUUAACCAGUUUAUCACGCAUAAGCUUGGAUCCCCUUAGUUUGCAAAAUCCAGCAUUUGAAGACCAUCUGGAGCUAGCAGAUCCAAGAACAGAACACACAAGUAGUCCAGACUCUGAACAGAUUCUUUAAAGCUAAAACUUAAAACCACUCCAAGGAAAACCUGCCUAAAACUAACUAUGUAACAACUUAUAAUUACAUUUUGGAAUCUUAUACAUCAACUGUUGUUUGUUCUUUUGCAAUCAUUCAAACUAUACUGUUAUUUAUAAAAGUAUGGUUUUAUUAAGUGUACAAGAUACAGAUUUUCAAUCAUUUACUCAGAUUGCUAUGUGAAGGAAUUAAGUAAAUAUGUGAAAUUAAAUAAAACAUUUCCCGUAUUUACUACCUUAGAUAAUAAAAGGAUUUAUCCAGCGUUGCACUGCUCUUUAAAGAGCAAACUGUAAUACAAAUUGGCAUAUGGCUGAAGAAGGAAAUGUGAUCUGCAAAGAAUGAGUAACAAAUUCGGGGGUAACAAACCAGUGAAUGCUUUUGAUGCAAACACUUUCCAAUUGAGAAAUAGAAGGAUGGGUGUUUUAAAUGGUCUGACCAACUAUUUUGAAUCAGAAUUAGGUUUAAUAUUACUGCAUACCUCAUGAAAUUUGUUAUUUUGCUGCAGCAGUAGAGUGCUAUGCAUAAUUUUACAUAUUUAAAACUACAAAUUACCAUAGGAAAAAUAUUUAUAAUUAAAUAAGUAGAGCAAAAAGAAGAAACCAAAAAUAAAUACAGUGAGCUGGUGGGGAAGAAGCUAUUCCAAAAACAUUAAGUGAGUCUCUUCUGGCUACUCUGCCUCCUCCUUGACUGCAGCAAUAAGGGGACAUGGCCAAGAUCGGGGUUCCCCAAUUAGUUUUCCACAAUGGCCAAAUUAUGUAAAGCGUGCCAAGCCAAGGGCCAAAACAUCCAGGGUUUUUUCAUUGCACCAGUAAGUUGUUUUAUGGGCAGAUGUUGUUGGUGGUAGUAGUAGUGAUGGUGGUGGUAGAAGUAGUGGUGACAGUAGUAGUAGUAAUAAUUUAGGCCUGGGAUUCUCAAAGCCUGUAUUGUGGGUCACACAAGAAAAAACAAUGCACUCUUGAAACAAAAUAAGUUCAAAAUCAACCAUUUAAUUAUGACUCUAGCUAUCACAACUGUCAGCUGUCACAGUGAGAACUCAUGUGGGACUUAAACUACAUGCACGCACACACACUGUAAACAUGGUUGUCUUCACCACUUCUCUUCUACACAAAGAAAACUUCUCUUCCACACAAAGAGUUUUAGUAGUACUGCCUUUUCCAUUGUUUCUGUUCUCUCAUUUAAUCUAUUUGUUCUAUUUAAUUAAGCUAUGUACCAUUUGAAGUAUGAAGUGUAGCUAUAAAUGAAAUUAUCAGUAAUACCGUUGUAAUAUUAUUAUACCACAAUAAGAUUGACAAAUGGACAAAAAUAAAUUGAUUCACUCAC